UGCCGCUACAAGGAAUGGUGCUACUUGAAAUUUUUUCGUAACAAAUGAUUCUGUAGGUUUGAAUUUUUGCCGGAAAUGAUAAAACAAAUUAUUUUUAAUCUUUCUACCCUCGACGACCAUUGAAAAUAACAAUAGUGUCUCAUGUGGUUCGCUUAGCUGACUGUUCUAUUUAUAUGUAUGUAAAGGGUACGAGAAAACCAAAAUCUCUCGAAACAUGUUGGAGAAAACGUCAUCUGCGGAUAAUAAUCAAUUAGCAAGAGAGGAUUAUUUAAUAAGGCGUGCAAAAGACGUGCUACCGGUUGACAUUUACGCUGCCAAAUCAUGGUUAAUCACAGCGAAAUCUUUAUUUCCUCACAGUGCAAAAGUUCAGUUCGAAGCGUAUCGGAUAGAAAAGCUGUCGAAAAAUGUGAAAGAAGCGGCGAAAUGUUUUAGCGAAAUAUUUCAGAAUUUUCCAGAUGACAGAGACAUAUGGAAGGAGAUAGAAACGGUAACAGCUUGCCUUCGUUUGGAGCAAUGCGAUCCCGAGGCAGAAUUUUUAUGUCAGAUGUUCCAACAUAUACCUCAAGAACUUCAGCACAGACUGCUUAUUAUGACCGCUGAUCACAGUGAAGACACAAUGGAACAUUGUAAACUAUUACUUUUGUUAUUGCGUAGAUUUCCACAAACAAUAGCUACUCAUGGACCACGUUUAGUAGAAACUCUACUCACUGCGGAGAAACACAGUCAUCCAGGGCGUGCAGUGAAUGGGUUCAGAAGACUGUUAGCUUGCGAUGCAUUGCCCCUUCUUGGUACUGCACCUGUAGAACUGAAUCCAAGGCUUUGCUUAAGGCUGCUCUGCAAAGCGGUUGAAUUUUAUUUAGCAUAUAUACAGCAGCCACAAGAUAACCAGAUUCAAAAUCCAUGGGAUAGACUGUUUCAAGUGGUAGAGUUAAUUGGAAAGAAGUUGGGAUGGGAACUGGGCAGUCUGUUUUCCAUGCCCUGGAACAAAGACACGUAUUGCGAAAGAUUGCAGCAGUACGCAGUUGCACAUUCAACAAGUUUAUGCGAGGAGCUGAUAGUUAGACAAUUGUUAAUGUGCACCGUGGUUGUAUUAUUAAGAAUAUUAAAUGAACAUAAUUCACUUAUUAUUAAUGACGAAACUAUGUACUGUUUGGUGGAAGCAUUUGGAGAAUGUGUUCAUUCACCUGCUGAAUCUAAAUUGAAAAAACGCAAGAGAGAUGAAAACGGAGGAAUUGCGUUAACCAGCGACGGAGAUUACAGCGGUAAUGGUUUAGCAUUGGCCGUGAAACUAUGGGACUUGCUACACAGUAGUGAUUAUUUACAAAGAGAAAUGGUAAAAAUAAAUCAACAACUACGGUUAGACACGUGGCUGAACUCGUUUUUAACAGAUUUAGCUAUGUACAAAGGGUUGCAUCACGAAGUAUUGGCAAGAUUAUCACAAGAAGCAGGUAGUUUAUCUGCUCACCUUCGUUUAGCAAAUACAUGUUUUUUCUUAAAAGAUUAUAAGGGAAUGUUGGAAUAUAUAGUUUUAGUAGUUAACGCGCUACCUUCUGCGUCCGGUAAAGUGUCGCAUAAUUUAACAGUUCCCUGUGCAAGGCAUCUGCACUAUUUAACAGUCGCACGUUUUCCAAUAAUUCAAUAUUGUUGCAGGCUGUUACUUUCAGCGAUAAAGGAAAAUUUCUCCUUGGGCGGAGGAGUCGGAGACUUGGCCAUAGGACAUGCAUUGGUGUUAAUGCAAAUCGACUGGCCACAGGAGGCUAGUACUUUAACCACGAUUACAGAACGAAUUAUCAAUCGUGGCUCCUUCGCUUAUCCGCUGUUUCAAGCUUAUAUCAUUUGCGUUGAUAUUCUAGAAGAAUUGACGUACUUGUGGACUGAACACGGUGGCGGUGUAUCAUUGGAUAUCGCAACCGCAUCCGGGAUAGUACAAAAUCGACGCAUUACUACUCGCGGAGCUGAUAAAGGAGUACGCGAAGAAGUGAAGCAGGCGAUGAGGCGACAAGCAGCCCGUGAUGGAAUUGACCCCUUAGACGAACUGUUACAAAAGUUUAUUCUUAACGAAAAAGCAGCCAUUCUACACAGUCUGAUUAUUCCAUAAUUUCCCUAUUUUCAAGAACAAUUUAAUAUUUAUAUAUAUAUAUAUAUAUAAUUUGAGUAAAAUUAUAUAAUUUUUUAUUUCAAAAUAUACACGUGAUCUUUUUAAGCCAACUUUAAUAUUAUAUACACAAUAAUUAAAAGGAUGAGUUUGAUUAACAAUAUUUAUGGGAACGUUGUAGAUGUUCUCGACUUUAAUAUUUCGUCCUACAUUUUUAUACACUUCUUUCUCUCGCAUAAUGACCGUUUUAGUUGUAUAGGAUUAAUAAUACAUGCUCAUCGAAUUCUCGUUAGCUACAUUCAGAUGUAAGUUUUAUAAUUUCUGUAUGAUACAAUUAAGCAACAAAGUUCGUUUUCGAAUA